CCGGCCCGGGACUAUGGCAUUUCCCGUGUAGCUAUUGAGAGGCCGGCUACCCGCCCGCCAGCGCCACCGUCCCUCAGAGCCUGCACACCCAGCCUGCUUCCAUAGCAGAGCCGCAGCUUCUUCUCGCUCGUUUGACCUUGUUGUUUGUUGUCCGGAGGAGCUUGACUGUGUGUGGUGACAAGGCCGCAGUCUGUCAGUCGCUUCAAUAACCAGCUCGCUCUCGAUCUCUCUUCCCCCUCAGCCCCUGAUGUCGAGGCCUAUAGGCGGCGGCGGCUCUUGCCCUUCCUCCGGGACUGAGCAGUGAGGAGUGGGGCGGGCAACCGGGCCUCUUACUCCACGACCAAAAACAAGCGGCCGUGUUCCAUAUUGUGAUACCCAGGAAUUAAGUUGAUUUGUUGUCUCGAGAUGUGUGUAUGACAGCAGCCACAGAGCCACAGAAUGGGAAAAAUUAUUGGCAAUUAGCGUGUUGCAGUGGAAAAUGUCUAAACCGAGGUAAUAAUGGUGAUGUCCUAAAAGUUUUGCAUCUUUCUAAAGUAUGAAAAUGACUGAGGUACAAGCAACAGUGGAAUUCUCAGUGGAAUUACACAAGUUUUACAAUGUGGAUCUAUUCCAGAGGGGAUGGAAACGGAUGGCUUAAAAAUGGGUCUCAAAUUUAAAAAGUGGAGCUAACUUUGGCUUUUACCAAUCCUGACUAACCAGGAGGAAGGAAGAACAAGAAUAUGAGGCCUGAUUCUGCAUUACCAGGCAGAUUUUACCAGCUCCGUGCAACUAUGAAACUGCCUCCCAGAGUUCCACACAAGUUGGAGGCCAGUCUGUUGAAUCCAGCAGGAUCUGAAGUCACCUUUCCCCCUGCUCCCCAUGAUUGUACAGUCUGCAGUAAAACAUUUCAGAUUCUUUAUAAAAAUGAAGAGAUCAUGGUUAACGACGUGUUACUCCUCAAAGUUAAAAUGUUGCUUGAUAGCAAGAAGAUUGAAGAGUCCCUGAAUGAGAUGGAUUUCCAGUUGUCUUUAGACCUCAAUUUCACUGACAAAGAUUUUGCAUUUGAUGACCCAAAUUCUCUACAACUGAUUAGUAGUCGGACAUUGAAGCUGCACUUCAGUUUACAUCGAGGCCUUCAUCACCAUGUCAAUGUUAUGUUUGAUUACUUCCACCUCUCUGUUGUAUCAAUUACUAUUCAUGCCUCCUUGGUUGCACUUCACCAGCCCCUAAUAAGCUUUCCUCGCCCAAUGAAGAACACUUGGCUAAACAGGAAUGCCCCAGCUCAAAGCAAGGAUUAUGGCAUUCCUUCCCUUGAGAGCGUGGUUUUUGGCAGUAGCUAUACAAAACAGCUGUCACCUGAUGGCAGCAAUUUUGUGGUGCCAGAAAGCUGCAUGCAACAUGCUUACAAUUUCCAUUACAAUCUCUGUUCAAGCUUGCUGCUGGCUUACAAAGGCCUUUUCAACUACUUCACCAUGGUUACAAAAGAAUUACCUACGUCUCGCAGGAUGGAGCUAGCCAUGACCAACAUGCAGGUCCUUUAUGAACGACUCCUCAGAAGAAAAUAUCCAAGAACACAGAGGGACAUUUUGAUAGAGGAGAUUGAUGUUGAUGCCAGACUCUCAGCACUUUGUGAACAGAUAAAGCUGAAAGUGGAAAACCCUGAUGAUCUGCCAGAACUGGUAAACAUGGAUCUUGCACAGCUUUGCUCUUUACUGAUGGCUCUUUGGGCACAGUUCAUAGAAAUUGCGACCCUACAAGGAGAAGUCUCAGCUUUAUUAGCAAAGGAACAUCAUAUACUACGCGACAAGAUUGCACCAAUCGUAGGGAGAGGUCCCAGACCGGAGGUGGAUUGCUGGAGCUCAAGGUCCUCUCUCAAUUCAAAAACAGAGCCAUUGAGCUGGCCGGAGAGGACGUGGACCAUGUCUGCAGUGACGGAGAGAUCAACAGCAAACACCCGCGUAAGGAUCCAGCACCAGCUCAUCCCUCAGACAGCCGUGCUUGCACAAAGUCACGGACAGAUGGCUGCAGCUGUAAAGAAUUCAACCUAUUUCAGUUCCCUUCCAUCUCUCCCUGUGGAAUGUGUAGAACUAGAUGGAGACUUCAACUCACUGCCCAUUAUCUUUGAGGAUCGAUAUCUGGAUUCUGUCCCAGAAGACUUGGAUGUUCCCUGGAGUGGGAUUCAGAACAUAAGAAGAUCAUCCCUUUCUGCCAAACUGGAAAAAUCUGACUCAAAAGAAUGUAACACUUCAAGUUUCUCUAGUCCUGAUUUUAAAGCAAAACCAGCAAGCAUCCACAGUGUUAGACCUAAUGAAAAUGAGAAGCUACAGACAAAACAGCACAAGACAAAAGCCGAAGAGCACAACAAAUCAAAAGUAAAAGCAACAAAACUUAAGAAGACAAUUAAGUCUGAAAACAACAAAAAAUUGGUGAAGCAAAACUCUAAGGACUCAGUGAUACUGGUUGGUUACAAGUGCUUAAAGAGUUCAAACUUGGGAGAGACCAGUAAAUCUGAAGGUGGGCUUCCAAUUUGUCCCAAAGGUGGGCAGGCUCCCAUGAGCACAGGACCUGACAAUGUUGUAAAGGCUGAUUCUAAGUUACUGUGUGAUCAUAGAGAGCUAAUACCUCUCCUAUCAAGCAUGGAAAUAAAUGUAGAGACUUCAAAAACUAAAAACCUCAAUGAAUUUGGUUGCAGCAUAAAUCGUCACAAUAUAGAACCUUGCACAUUUGCAUCAACAGGCUUGUUCCAGGCAGGUCCUGGUAUACCAGCUGAGCGUGUAGGCUCUACUAAAUGCUCAUUUGUUAGUUUGAAUAGCCAGCAAAUGGUACCAACAGCAGGAGUCAAACAUAUUGAAGUCAAGCCAAGAAGUAAAUGUGCUUAUGAAGGGGAAAAGGUAACAGUCAUUAUGGCCUCCAAGCUCCCUGUCAAAGAUGACCAAGGGCUUUGUCGAUCUCCUGAACCACAACUUCUGGAUUCUAAAAAAAAUUAUUUACUGUUGGAAAAAGAUGCACUAUACCCUGCUUCUUCUGAGAGUACGCUGUCGAAAUUAUGUACAAAGGGGUUUAAUUUGGUUGUAAGUGGAGAUGCUGUUAAACUGCCAGAUGUUUAUGUCACCUGCUCAUCAUCCAGGGUUUCAGAUUCUGGCAUUGAAAGUGAACCCAGUUCUUUUGCUUUCCAGUUAGAUCCAGACUUAGCCACUGAGCCAUUAUUGGAAAAGACUUCCCUUCUCAGCGAAAAGCCUUGCAUGCAAGUGCUACUUAAACCAGAAUUGAGUUCGAAGAAUAUGAUUGAAGGCCAGUGCACAGAGAGUACAAGUGCUGUAAGUGAAAUACAAUCAUCUUUAACUUCUAUAAACUCUCUGCCUUCAGAUGAUGAUGACGAACAGCAAGUUGAUGAAAGCUUGAAAGUUGCUGCCGUUCUUGCACAACAAACUGGCAAAGAACAGCCCAAGUUAGAAUCAACUGUAGCACUAGAUCAGCUGAAAUUUCAAAUGAAAAAAUCUAGUGUUGUAGUACAAGAGGAAAAUGUUGUGUUCAUUGAAGGUUCAGGGACUGCAAGUCAAGAUCCUCAUUCUUGUGUCUUUACUGAGCAAGAGUGUCAUAACAGUAUCGUUGGUCAAGUAAGUAACAGCAGCAAUCCACAGCAAAAUACUGUUUGUGUCAAUGAUUUUAGAGAGCUUCAAGGCUACAAUGAAGAUUUCAGUUUAGAGAAAGCAACCACAAAACAUGUAAUUAAACUGAACUCUGAAAUGAUUCAUCUCGACGAGCCAAGCUGCCAUACUUCAGAUGUGGCAGAAAUUAGCCAGAGUGUGGAUCCAGAAUUGCAUCCAGAAGAGCUUGUAGAUUUAAUUCAAGUGUUUGAAAUUCCAACUUUGCAGGAAACAGAUGAUAGAGUGCACACAAACCAUUCAGCUGCCAGCAGCACUGACAUUGUGAAACAAGGGUUAGUGGAAAAUUACUUUGGAUCUAGAAGCAGUACAGACCUUUCUGAUAUUAGUCCUGGUGAUGGUGGCAGCUGUCCAUCAAGCCCUCAAAAAGAGACUAUUGGCUUUGUUACUCUUGCACAAGCAGAAGAGGAUGAAGACCAGGAAAUGAUAGAAAAUGGUUAUUACGAAGCUGAUGACGAUGCUGUGUAUGAUAGCAAUGAUGCAGUCAGAUCUGAGCUAAUUAAUGCCGAUCGUACCACAGAAGGAGCAAGCAUGCCUGGUGCAUGCACUCCUACUUGUUUAUCAUUUUCAUCAGUCGUCAGAGACUCCCCAUCUAUCAGUGGAUUGUCUUCAAGAAGCAAACUUGAUGCAAUUACAAAGCAACCUAGCAGUGCUGUCUUCAGCUCUACUGUGUCUGCCUCCUGGUAUGACGAUGCUGCCACAAAAGAGCAAAUGCAGAUUUUCCUCCAGGCAAAAGAAGAGUUGAAGCUGCUGAAUUUUCCUGGUUUUAUGUACAGUGAUGUUCCUGAUUUAGCUUCCAAAAUCCCAUACUUCAGUUUGGAGGAGGAAGAGAAUGUGGAAGAUGGCAUUCAUCUAAUAGUAUGCGUCCAUGGAUUAGAUGGUAACAGUGCAGAUCUACGUUUGGUGAAAACCUACAUUGAACUUGGAUUGCCAGGAACCCAAAUAGAGUUCCUUAUGUCAGAGAGGAAUCAGAAUGACACAUUUGCAGACUUUGAUUCCAUGACUGAUCGACUUCUGGAUGAGAUAAUACAGUAUGUUCAAAUUUACAACCUUACUGUUUCCAAAAUCAGUUUCAUAGGACACUCUUUAGGUAACUUAAUCAUUCGAUCUGUUCUUACAAGGCAAAGAUUUAAGUUUUACUUGAACAAACUGCACACGUUCCUGUCUUUGUCUGGGCCUCACUUGGGGACAUUAUACAACAGCAGUGCACUCGUCAAUACAGGACUCUGGUUUAUGCAGAAGUGGAAGAAGUCUGGAUCCCUACUACAGCUAACAUGUCGAGAUCACUCUGAUCCCCGACAGACUUUUCUGUACAAGCUCAGCAAAAAAGCAGGUCUCCAUUAUUUCAAAAAUGUGGUGUUGGUUGGCUCACUACAAGAUCGUUAUGUCCCCUACCAUUCUGCUCGAAUUGAGAUAUGCAAAACCGCUUUAAAAGAUAAACAAUCAGGACCGGUGUAUGCUGAGAUGAUCCAAAAUCUUCUAACGCCAGUGCUUGAAAAUAAGGAAUGUAAUUUGGUUCGAUAUGAUGUCAUCCAUGCAUUGCCCAACACAGCUAAUUCAUUAAUAGGACGAGCAGCUCAUAUUGCAGUUCUCGAUUCUGAAAUCUUUUUGGAGAAGUUUUUUCUGGUUGCGGGCCUUAAAUACUUUCAGUGAGAAAGAGUGCCAUAAACUCUUACCUCUAUUCAAAGAAACACAUUUGAUCCUAGAACAUUGUCUCUGCCUAAAAAAAUUAAAACUGUUUAUACAUUUUUGUAUUGGAAACAAUCCUACAUUGAGUCUUCAGAGAUAGUUUAAAGGUCUGGAUAUGUUAAUGCCUGUUGGUUUGUGCUGUGCAAUACCUAUUUUGUAUUUUUAUCUGUCUUAUGUAACUAUUUCUUUCAGUUCAGUUUUUCUGUAUUUUUCAGAAAUUUUAUUUUGCCUUUUUAAGUAUCAGUUAAUGUUGAAAUGAUCAGGGUGCACUGAUAUAAUUUUACUUUCUAAAUUUAUAAAGUUAAUAUUCAAUCAGUAAAUUAGAGAUGAAACAUUAAUUUAAUUCAUGACUUCCAAAGAAUACAUUUUCACAAUCUGAUUGGGAGCCUGUUGUAUGUAACAUUUUUAGAGUGGACUUUGGCAACUGGAAACCCUUUUAAGACGCUGCUAUAUAUUUAUACAUUUUAACAUUGCUCAACCUAUAGGAAAUUUACAAAUUUGUUUUUCAUUUCAUGCAAUCUUUCUAAGAAGACCAAAUACUGUCUUAUACAUACUGUCACUGUCAAAAUUUUAAACUAAGUCAUAAAUGUCUGCAAUACAUUUUUAUACAGAAAACAUCCUCUUAGAACUUUUAACCAUACCUGUCGAACAUUGCUACUUUUUCUACUGCUGAAGUGGAAAGAUUUUUUGCUAUGGAACUUUUAGAACUGAAGUAACUUUUUUCAAACCUUCUCAUACUCUAAAUGUAGUGUAAAACUUGAUUGUCAUGCCAGUCUGAUGACCUUGAUUUGCAACAAUUUGUACUGCACCAAGGUAUAAACUCCUACACAAUGAGUCCAGCAAACACAAGACAUUUAAGUCAAUACUUUUACAUUCUGAGAGAGUAGUGAUAAAAAGCUAAUAUUUUCAAAAUCCUGCAGUUUAAUGAAGUCAAUUGGUCUGACUGCCAAUAUUCUUGUAUGCCAAUGUAUUUGUAUAUGACAUUCACUAAAAUGUAGUUAUCUCUUGUUAUAGUUCAUUUUGAAAACCAUAUGAAAAGCAUGCUACAGUGACGGGCCAUUUUAUAUGGCUUCUCUGAAUGGGGAGCUGGAAGCACUGCAUGUGAUAUCACAGGCUAUGGUGCAUCAGUGUUGUACUGGGUUUUGCAAUGCUGUAAUAGACACAGGAAAAUAUUGUAAUGAUUUUUAAGAAAACUAAAAAGGUUUGAGAUAAUUAGGCAUCUUACUCUAAUUUCUAAGCUCUUAAGUAGAGAAAACAUUUCCAAUUUAAUUUAUUUAUUUUAGGUGGCCUGAUUAACAGUGGGCGUAUAGCAUGGUUUAUGGGUUACUGGUGCAUAUCUGACUUUUAACAAAAAGACAAGGAAAAGAUACACAUUGCUGUCACAUAUGCAUUUAACAAAUUUGUAAUGAGUUUAAUUUGUUGAAGUGCAAUCAAACUACAUUCUUCUAAAUGGUGCAUGUGUCAUCUGUCUGUAGCCUUGUUUUCAAAAGCAUACAGCAUAUGAGGUCAUCAUCAUUGUACCAGUAAGUUAAAUAAUAAAAAUGUUGUAUAUUAUACUAUACUGUGCAAGUUAAUGCAUGUGUUAUUUUUAUUUUUUUACAUUCCUUUGACUAUCUAACAUUGUAUUAAUCUCACGGAUCAGUUACUAUUGCACAGUGCCAGUUUAAAUGUACUUUGACCAUUUAUUGUGUAACUGGUUAGCAGCUAACCACUAGUUACAUUUAAGGACAUUUUUCUCUCCUUUUAAACUAUUUGUGGGCAUUGCCUUUUUUGGGAAAUGAAAGAAAACAUUUGUUUGCUGUUCAUGUCCAAUUUUGUCUAAUAUCAUGUAAGAUUUCUUUGAGAUACUAAAUUGAAAUUGUUCCUAC